AUGAAGGAACUGGUUGCUGACCUGUCGUCUCCUGACUACACACCUAGUGGAGCUGGAUUCUUGCUGCCAUCACUCUGUCAUCCUGAUGACCUAGUGCUGUUGGGACCAUCACUGAGGGAGAGUAGUCACAGAGCUGUUGAAGAGCAGCUGCUCCUCAGCAGUGGGAUCACAGGUGGUCUGGAAUAUGAUAUUCAUGCAGUUUAUCAGAUGCCCUCUCAAGGAGAGUCGGUUCCCACCUCCCUGCCUCCAGCCUUCACAGUCAUCCAUGCUGCUGCCUCAAUCUUUGGCAUUUUACUGUCAAAUAUGCCAGAGUCACAGAGAGUUCAAAUCUUGGAGCAGUUGGUGGAUUGUAUCAAACAAACAAAAGGCUCCCGUCAACAGAGUAUCCAGCUAUCAGCUCUUGCUGCACUCUGCUGCUUCCUCAAACAUCUGGCCUUAGAUCAUGUAAAUUUAGGACCUGAAGAGGCUCGAAAACCAUGUCUGGGCUUAAUUCUAGGGGCGCUGGACAGCAGCAGCCCAGGACUGCGGUGUGCAGCUGUGGAAUGUAUGGCCAGGCUUUCCCACGUGGUGGCCGAAACUCCAUACACUUCAGGAUUAGCACAA